GGAGUUUAUUGAGGAGUGUAGCUGCAACGGGAGAAUAAAACGCAUGCAAGUGAGCGCCGCUGCCUUGCGGAUGGAGAGGAAAGGAGAGAGAGGAGAGAAAGAUCGCGCUCGGACGAAUGACCGCGCAGUGCUGAGAAACUGCCGCCUGAAUUGUUUAACUUGUUGAUGCGACGUUAUUUCAGCUGUUUUUCCUUCUAGCGUGUGGCUGCAGUGACAGAUAGAUGGGAGGCGGAAUCGCAAGUAUUCUCUUCAGAGGAUUUCAACUCCCAGUGGAUGCAGUUUAAAGAUAACUAAGAUGCGAUUCAUCUCCGAGCCAUAGCACUGUGCAAACCGGACCAGGGUUGUAUUAAACACUACAGGUCAGCAUGGCAGCAGGUGUAGCGGCAUGGCUCCCGUUCGCCCGAGCGGCGGCCAUAGGAUGGAUGCCCGUGGCGAGCACCCCUAUGCCCAUCCCUCCCCAAGACAAGAGGAAAGCACAGGACGGACUCAUCAUCCUCAACGUGAGCGGGACCAAGUUUCAGACGUGGCGGACCACUUUGGAGAGGUACCCGGACACUUUGCUUGGGAGCACAGAGAGGGACUUUUUCUUCCACGAGGAAACAAACGAGUACUUUUUCGAUCGUGACCCUGAUAUCUUUAGACAUAUUCUGAAUUUUUACCGCACGGGGAAGCUGCACUAUCCACGCCAAGAAUGCAUAUCUGCAUACGACGAGGAGCUUGCUUUCUUCGGUAUAAUCCCUGAGAUCAUUGGAGACUGUUGUUAUGAGGAGUACAAGGACCGAAGGCGCGAAAAUGCAGAAAGGCUUCAAGACGAUGAGGAUGUGGACAUGAACAAUGACGUCACGCCCGUUAACCUGACGUACCGGGAGUUUCUGUGGCGGGCUUUUGAAAACCCUCACACCAGCACCUUAGCUCUGGUCUUCUACUACGUCACAGGCUUCUUCAUCGCCAUAUCAGUGAUGGCCAACGUGGUGGAGACGGUUCCCUGCGGGACUCUGCCCAACAGGUCAAAGGAGAUUUCCUGUGGAGACCGUUACGCACUGGCUUUCUUUUGUUUGGACACCGCAUGCGUCAUGAUAUUCACUGUCGAGUAUCUCCUGCGUUUGAUCGCAGCUCCAAGCCGCUACAAGUUCAUGAAAAGUGUGAUGAGCGUCAUUGACGUGGUCGCCAUCAUGCCUUACUAUAUCGGCCUGGUUAUGACCGACAACGACCAGGUGAGCGGAGCUUUCGUCACGCUUAGAGUCUUCCGGGUGUUUCGGAUUUUCAAGUUCUCCAGGCACUCAGCAGGGCUGCGCAUCCUGGGUUACACCUUGAAGAGCUGCGCCUCCGAGCUGGGCUUCCUUCUCUUCUCCCUCACCAUGGCCAUCAUUAUCUUUGCGACGGUCAUGUUUUAUGCAGAAAAAGGCUCCACAGCCAGCAAGUUCACCAGUAUCCCUGCUGCUUUCUGGUACACCAUUGUCACCAUGACAACACUGGGGUACGGUGACAUGGUGCCAAAAACAAUCGUGGGGAAGGUGUUUGGGUCCAUAUGCUCUCUGAGUGGGGUGCUGGUCAUUGCCUUGCCUGUCCCUGUCAUAGUGUCAAACUUCAGCCGCAUCUACCACCAAAGCCAGCGGGCAGAGAAGCGACGAGCCCAGAGGAAAACUCGACUUGCUAGAAUCCGUGCUGCGAAGAUUCGAGGCACUAAUGCUUAUAUGCGCUACAAACAAAAUGGGCUCCUGAUCGACUCACUGGAGGAGGCCUCCAAGGAGGCAGGACAAGCCCUGGUGGGGAAGGCCCCCAGCCCUCCUUUUGAGAGCCAACAUCAUCACCUGCUGCACUGCCUGGAGAAGACCACGAACCACGAGUUUGUGGACGAGCAGACGUUCCAGGCUAACUGCUUGGAGAUCACAGGGAUGAACAAGAAGGGCUCGCGUGCGUCCUCGCUGUCCUCAUCUCCUCACGGCCUCAGCUCGUGCUGCUCUCGACGCCAUAGGAAGAAGAGCAGCUUUAGCCUGCCAAGUACCAACAACCAGGAGCUGAGCACCAUACAGAUCAGAGAGAGGCCAGUGACCAACAGCCGCUCCAGCCUGAAUGCCAAACUGGACGAGACGGUGCCCUUGAAAUGUGACGAAUCUUACAUCACCCCCUCCAUGGUCAGCCUCUCUGCCCCUGUGGUGACCUCAUCAGACGGGCACGGCUCAACCACCACCACCGCAUACUCUCAGAGCAACAUUGUCCGAGUAUCUGCCUUGUAGAUGUCACGCCUAUCCGAUCAGCUAACUGGUCUCAAGAAAGCACCAGAUGCUGAGGAGAGGGACCACCGAGCAUCAACCUGCCAUAAUCUCGAGGGAUUAUAAGAUUAGCAGAAGUCGGGGGGGUUUUUUGAAGUAGUGAUCUCAUCUGAUGUCAAACUCUGCAUGGUAUUAGAGCGUAGUGGACGGCUGCCUUGAAAAUGAAGAGCGAAUGAACCAGCAGAUCCUGCUCCUUUAAAGCACAGCAGAGCGAGGAAGUGUUACGAUUGCUUUGGUUAUCGUUGUUGCCUAAAAAGACUGAGGAAAAAAAACUUUAUUUUUGAAUAUGUAAUGUAGUCGUAUUUGUUGUCUUCUGAUUCCAAGGAGGAAAGGCAGAUGUUACAAAGGUCAUUCCUGGUGGCCUCUGAUGACAAAGCACACAUUUCAUUAACAGAGGGCCAUGUUUGUGAAUAUGAAACCACUGAAAUAAUUCACUUCACAUUCAUAGAUUCUUUUGAAACCCCUCGAUUGACUGGUUUCCAAUAGCCCCCUCACUGUUGUAAAACACCCGCUGGAAUGGAAAACUGUUGUGAAUAUUCAUUAACUGACUCAUUAACUGGUUGAUGUCAUCGCUCGAUGAGUGAAAUAUACUCCGCAUCCCCACGUUUGUGAAAUGUGCAAGUGAAUACAACAAAAAUGACAAAAUCUGUGUUAGCUUACAUUCUGAUAUGGAUCUAUGUGAAAAGCCACUGUCAUUAAUAAAUAAUUGAGAACUAUACAGGGUACAUAUUAGUUAGGUGACAAGGUAGAAAUAUGAGUGAAUGUUAACUAAUAAUAACCCUAAUGUGGACUCAUAAGUAUCAACCUGGACCACCACAUUAAAAAGACAUCCAAUCCAUCACAUUCUUCUUGAAUUAUGAUAUUCCUAAGCGAGACUUGGUAGAUUUCACUGUGUUUAAAAGGCCAUUUUGUACAUUUUUCAUACUGUAAAUAUCUCAGUUAGAACUUUAUCAGCAGCAUUUGAAGUUGGCUCCUCUUCUUUCUAGAUUUAGUUGACAGUUGUUGGCAUACUAUUUCUGUCUGUUACCUGGUUGAAUUAAGGAUUUGCAUGCUGUCAUUGCAGACUUCUGUUUUAUUAAAAAGUAUGUCUCUGCUUCUCAUUGAAGGUUUGUUAGUAAAAAAAAAAAAAAAACAGACUGAUGGACACAGGAGGCCAGUGUGUUAUGAUGUAAACACUUUGCUUUUAAUAAAAUACAAAUCUUGUCAUGGAGAACAUAUAUAGGGGGUAAGGAAAAAGGGAGAAAUAAUCACAUUGUGCAUUUGAUGCAGUGGAUAGAAUAAAUACUGUAGCUCUACUCAAACAUCCUUUAAAUGACCCAUGUCUUUAUUCUCUCUAGAACACAAUUAGGAGGCUUUCAUAAGGUUUUUGUUUUGUUGACGGAUGCGAUAAUAGGGAGGACAUGUAAGAACCUGACCAGCCCAGCAGUGGGUCUUAGGUGCGGGUCUCAGGAGGGACACACAGAGAU